AUGGAUCUUCGGCAGUAUCUCAUAGCACCGCACGAGCGGCCUACAGAGCAGCCAGCUCGUCAUGACACUCCAGAUCUUCAUUCUCAGUACCAACCAACUACCAACACCCUCGAUCCACGCCUGGCACAUCGUACACGAACGAAUGCAGCUGCCAACUUCAGUCAAGAUCAACCAGUUAUCACUGCCAACCAUGCACGUACUGAGAUCGGCGAUUACAAAGAAAGAAUUCGACAACUACAACUGCAACAACUGCAACUCCAACAGCGAUUACAGCUGCAGCAACAGCCACAGCAGCAGUCGCGAAAUGGAACCAUCACCCGUGAGCAAGUUAUCAAUGGCUUGACCGCAUAUCCAGACAUCCUCGCCGCGAUCCUUCGAAGCGGACAUGUCCCCAUCCAGACGCACAACGAUUCCAGGGCAUCGAGACAGCAUGCCGACACUCCUCCCCUGUCUUCUCAGCCAACAACCAUGACUAUGGCUCAGCGCACCACCAUACCACCAUCUCACCAGAUCAUCGCAGAGCUUAUGCCAACUUCGACCACCCCAUCUUCACCAGUUCCACCCACAAACCAAGCCCCUUCAUCAGUCCCGACAGUAGCUAAAACAGGCAGAGUCUGCUUCUGGUACUAUCACCAUGGUAACUGUACCAACGAUUCUUCGUCACCCACGUACAAGCCCUCUGACCGCGCAUGUCGAUACCUGCAUUCCAUUGAUGAUACGCAAGAGAUCCAAGUGCAGCAAGGUCAAGGAUAUUGGCAUAGAGGUAUGGGCGAUUGUGGCCUUGAGUUGUGCAAGUUCAGCAGCAACUACAAAUAUGCGGAUGGAAAUGAUGCAAAGACGCAGCGUAAAGGAGAGAAGAAAGGAAAGAAGCAGGUUGAGGCUGCUCCUUCUGCUGAUGCGGCGGAGGACGAGGAGAAUGUGGAUGAGAAUGACAGCGUUUUUGAAAGCAAAGCUGAAGAUCCGGAUGCCGUUGAUUCGACUUCUCAGUCCAUCCUCGAAUCCGAGGAGCGAGAAAAUCAAGACACUGUUCCUACCUCUCUUGAUCCGGUCACGCUCUCCAUACCCACCUCUCCUCGGGCAGGACGGUACGCCAAAGGAAGCCGACGCCAACAACCGCCUACAUCCUCGCCUACUCUGCCGACACUAAAACGUAAAGCCAAUGCUUCUUCGCAAAACACACCCACGCCUGCUCCGAAAAGGCCCAAGACAACAGCUCCGAUCCCAUCGACCCAGACGACAGAUCCUACCGCUGUCACCACUCCACUGAGCAAAAAAGCACUCAAACGUCUCAAACGCCUAAACAAAAAGGCCCAAGCCCUCAUCACUGGCACCGUUGUCCCUCCACCUUCCACCACUGUCUCCACCAACCCCACGCCCACACCAAAAGCCUGCGAAAUCAUCCCCUCCUCAUUGCCCUCCUCCCAUCCCUCCUCCCUCCACCAGCCAGCUUCCAGCCGUCCCUCCCUCACCAACAAGUCUUUCAUGGUCAAACGCAUAGAUCACAAUAAACCCCACCACACGACUUGCUUUGCCUGGUACCACGGCUCCUCGUGCACCAAAAAGGGCAGAAACUGCAAGGAACUGCAUGCACUGACCCAACCACCGAGUUUUGUGGUUGCGCCCGUGGGAUUUGUGCAUGAAGGUGGUGUUUGUGGGUUGGAGUGGUGUAGUGGGGAUUGGAGAGGCGUCGAGGAGGGGGAGGAGGGGGAGGAGGGGGAGGAGGAGGAGAAAGGAGAGGGGUAUGCGAAGGAGAAGGGAGAUGGGGAUGUAAAGGACAAGAGGGAGUUUGCAGAUGGGAUCGUCGAGCAAGAUGAUGAUGCAGAGAUGCGAGAUGAGCAAGUCGACGAUGAGGAUGAUCAAGAUGUCGAUAGUGAAGACUUUGACGCUCAGGAAAGCGCUGAUGAGAUGGUUGACUGA